AUUGACACUUUUGUUGAUUUAUGCUUUGCAGAAAUUACUGAUUUAUUAGCUGGCAAACCGAAUGCUCUCUGGUCUUUUUGCACCAUGAAGAUAAGCCAGAUGCGUCAGCAGCUGAUCUCCGAGCAGGCAAACGGUGGCAAGUCAAGAAAACUGCAGCACGGAAUCACAGCAAAGAAACUGGACUCAAACUGCGUUGUUCCUGACCUGCUAAUGAACAGAAUCUGCCUGGAAAACAUCAGGGAGACUGUGAAACAGGUGACAGGAGCUCAAAUCCACGAAUCUUCAGUGUGCCCUGACUGUCAGAAGAAGAAAGCAGAGCUAGCCAAGACUGCCUUUCUCAGAUGAAAGAAGAUUCUCAUGGAAGGUGAUUUAAUAGAAGAGAGAUUGGAAGAACAGAUUUACCCCAGAGAUGUGCUUACUCUUAUCGGAGAAGCAUGCAGAAGCUUUCCCAGAGUGUCAGAGGAUCCCAGGAACUUAUGGCCAAGGCUGAAAGGUCAGAAAAAUGUAAGGCCUGAAAGUAGUAAACAUAACUCAAGGACGUAA